AUGUCGUUGAACGGGUUGGACUGUGCGGAGGUCCAGGAAGCCUACGAAGCUGUCUCUGCCGAGUUCGGAGGAUGGUUCCUCCUCAAGUACGCAAGUCGCGAUGAAGUCGAACUCCUCGCUCGUGGACAUGGUGGCGUCAUAGAGAUGCGCAACACUAUCGCAAAGUACGAGGAGGUCUCGCCACUGUACGGCUUUCUCAGAUACCGCCGGAGGAAUGUUAUUGUGAAGUACAUGCCUGACGACUGCUCCAGGCUUGUUCAAGCUCGGGCGGUAGUACACUUCAAUGCGGUCUGCGAACGUUUUACCCCUUACAGCAUCGUUUUCGACAUUACAACGGCGAAGGACCUCAAGGACAGCAAACUUUCGUCAGCUUGUUCGCUCCAUGCUGCUUCGGGCUCGUCAUCAUCAUCUUCGAGCUCACUACGACGACGGAGGCUAAAUGAGAUCGUGGAAGAGGUGGAAGAAGAGGAAAGAGAUAGAAAGAGGCAAUCGGUCGUCAAGGAAGAAGAAAGACCGGCAUCAUCGAUAUAUUCAGAGCGUCCACGUUCGCCUUUGCUGCCUGAGCCCCUCGUCCUUGAUCGUCAACAAAUAAAUAUUCCGCAAGAAACAAAUUUCGCCUCAACCAGCGUUGUCCCAAAUUUCGCAGGAGCAGAACGACCAACUUCGCCUGCUGCACAAUCCGAAUACGACCAGCGCAUGUCCUCGCAAACGACGCGCCCCGAACUUUUCAGCUCCGCAACCUAUACAUACGGUAAACCGAAGGUGAAGCUUGGCCCACGCCCGUCGCUAGAUGUCAGCAAGAGGCCAUCCACUGCAGGAAACUUCCGCCCAGUCGCAGCGCUUCCGGCCGGCUUUAAGUUCUUUUCCAGAGGGUCGAAAAAGGGCACAUCGCAAGAUCAAGAAGUGGACGAGCAGUCUGGACAGAACGGGCAUAGCGCUUCGGACGUCGGUCCGCCAGCGUAUAUCAAUACACCGGACGUAUUGCAUGAAGCUGCAGUGAACCAACUUCCACCAAGGCCAGCUACAAGCUCGGGAGCUUCUAUCAAGUCCAUGACGUCGUCGAUGGCUACGUCUACGAAAGAAAGCAAGGUGACGCCCGAGAAGGCGCGUCUUAUGAAGGCUAUGAAGCUAAGAGAGAAAAAGAAGAUGAUGAGCGCAAUGUCACCACAACCAUCAGCGAGCAAUAAGAGCCCGCCAAUAAUGGAAGAAAAGGAAAUGCCUGACGAGCAGGGAUCCGAGGAACCUUUCCAUGACAAGAAGAGUGACAACAUCCGGUCGUUUUCAAACACAGAUUCCGGUGUGGCUGCCGACUUGCCCACUGCGAUAACUAUCAACUCUGACACACAUUCAGACGAUACUAUCUCAGACUCACACCCACCUUCCCCGACAGCUGCAUCUUCAUCAGAGAUUGGUGACUCUACCAAAGCAUCAUCAUUGUCGGAGCUGACUGACGAAACGAUCCAAGCGUCCAAAGGGACAGGUGCAGAGACAGACGAUGAGGACGCUGAUGAUGGACCUGAGGAGCUCUCAGAAAUCAUAGAAGAGGCCGGGCUGCGUAUGAGCGCCGUUGAAACCCCGGAAGAUAACCCACCAGAAGCAGCUCAAAGCCCAGAACCUGUAACAGGGGAGACCGAUGUCUCAGACGGCGAAGACGACCCGACUACUAAAGUUGCUGAGGAAUCCCAUGAGAUUCUAGAGAUUGAGCAACCGCCUCUACAAACAAGGGAAUCUGAAGUCAAGGAAUCUAUAGAGGUCGACAGUACUAGACCCAGAGAAACCUCUGACGCCCGCCCUUUGGAGAUCGCUUUGUCCGGCAAUGACAGUAAACCUCGCAAGUCACCACCGCUGGGUAUACCCUUGUCCAAGUUCUCCUCGAAUGAUCAGAGGUCACCAACGUCGACGUCUUCAAAGUCACCGACUACUCCAAGUCUCAAAUCCAAGUUCUCCAGACAAGAUCUUACGAUUCCUUCCGAUCCUGUUCCAGCUGUACCGGUCACAGGGUAUACGGCAACCCCGGUGAUAGAUGAGAGCGAGCCAUCCGAGGCGACGAAUCCGCAGCUCAGACUUCCUACACCACCCAAGUCGGCUAGGCGUAAGACUGGUAUUGAGCCCAUUCGGACUGACUUUACAGCCAAAAGCACACCUCACUCCGAGUAUUCCGAUCCAUUGCUCGACGACGAUGCUCUGAUGGAGGAACUCCAAUCAGCGACAGUGCAGCAGGCAAGACCCAUGCCAUUGUCCAAAUCGCCCAUUACUCCAGUCUUCCCAAAUCACAACCCACUGAAGCUAAGGGUCCAGCCAUCUCGCACCGUCUCAAGCCCCAUGCGCGGAACACUUCAAGUACCAGUACCUGGCGACGUAUCUCAGAGCAGUGCAAGGAGUGUUUCAUCAGGCGGUGCAGCAUAUCUACACACAAUCACUCGCCAAGCAUCCAGUGCUGGACUACAAUCUAAGAAGAACAAUCUCGGGUCGGGCAUCUCCCAGCGUAUCAAGGCUCUAGAAGCUCUAUCCGGCAGUCCCGGUGGCGAGGAUGGCCGGCCUAGAACAGCUACGCCCUCCUCGACCUUUUUUACUGUGCGUAAGCCGACCGCAAGAGAGCCGUCGAACUCACCUUCUGUGGUGGAUCGGGCGAGUUCUUUGACUCGUCAGACGCCUACUCCUGACUUCUCAAGAGAGUCGACUCCCGAUGCACAAGGUAACGGGCGCAGGGAGAGAUCCGGGUCAGUAGCCAGCAGACUCAAUAAGUUUGAAGGUCAAGGCGCAUCUCCUGGACGUCCAGAGUCGAUACAGGUCACAGCUCGGAUCAUCCGCGGAUCGAAUCAGACCAGUAAGAAGCCGGAACAAUACCAGGACCCCGCUGAACCGUCAACUCUCGAUCUGAAACAGUCACCUUUGUUGGUCGACGUACAGAGGGCCGAGCUACCUGAGCAACUGCCCAUAGCGGAACAGACCCCAGUGGAGACACCGCAGGAAACUAUUCAGGAGAGACGCGAACGUAAAACGACGUCCGAAGAUGGUGAACGAAAAGCCAAGAGACGAUCAUCCUUGAAUAUCAUGAGAGAUUUCAUCAAAGAUCGAUCCACCUCCAGCAAGUCAGCUGAUAAUCUGGCGGUCAUGUCACCUGCUCCAAGCUGGGCCAAGUCACCCGCCCGACCACCUUCAGCUCACCACAACUCAGGCGGCUUCGCACGUCGCUUGUCGAUAUCGAGUCGGCGUUCAUCUUUCUCCCCCGAACAAGACAAUGAAGCCACACCAACACCCUUGUCCCCUGUUGCAUUCAGCGAUGGCUCAGAGGAUGACGGCAAGGGCACAAACGACAAGAAGUCCAAAAACCGCGCAUCGCGGUUCAUGCGCCGGCUGUCAAAUUCCUUUGUCGGUGGUCGCAAGAACGGGACCGCUCAUAUCUCACCUACUCUAGCAGAGGAAGACGCAGACCAGCUCGCGAGUCUCUCCGCUACGGGCCCGCAUAUCGCUUCCCAGCCUACGAUUGUGGCAUACAUGGGUGAUGUCAAUGUUCAGUUCCCAGACAAUCUACUGUGGAAGCGCAGAAGCAUGUGCCUAGACUCACAAGGCUUCCUUUUCCUGAGUGCUAUCCAGGGCUCGAACGGAAAGGAGAAGACGGCUGGUGUCGGCACCAAGCGCUACCACUUGAGCGACUUCCGCACACCAUACGUUCCCGAUGUCGAGGUUCAGGAGUUGCCAAACAGUGUCGUGUUGGAUCUUAUGGAAGGCUCGUGCCUACAGGUUGCCUGUGAGGACCGAGCCGGCCAACUGAGCGUGCUACACACCUUGCAAGACGCACACCAAAGUCAAGCUUCCCAUGGUCCUUAG